GAUAUGAAAUGAGAACCGUACACUAUUAAACAAUGUACUAAGUACUAUACAGUUACAAAAGUCUUUACAUUGCAUGUGAUAAAACGAUAUGUGCUGAGUACAAUCCUAAAACUAUAUAUACAAACUAUAGAGUACCAGUACACUAAGUUGUUCCUGUGCAGUGCGUGUAUUGGAACUGGAGGGCAAAAUCAAGGAACAUGUGCUCAGAACUUCGGAAUCUGCUGCUUCUAUUCCAUUUCAACCUGUGGAGGUGAAAUAACACGAAACCAGACUUAUAUUCAAAACCCAGGAUACCCUUCUGCUUUCUCUGUUAGUUCGGAUAGAAUUUGCACCUUUAACAUUUAUAGAAUUAACAGUGACGUAUGCCAGUUACGGUUUGAUUUCCCUGUCUUUGAUUUAGGAGGACCCUUCAAGGGCAGUGGUCAGUUGGAAUGUAGCGCAGACACAGAUUGGGUUACUUUUACCCCCGCAGGAGCAAAAACAAAUGGAAUAAACUUGUGUGGAUACAAUCCUGGCCAGCAUGUAUAUAUUGAUAUGGGAACCAGCGCUGCCAGUCCAAGUUUUGCUAAAAUGACAAUGAGUUUUGAUGCUAAUAACCAAGCUAGUAAAGAAAGGUUUUACAACAUUAUGGUCAGUCAGAUAGAAUGCAGUAAAAACUACCAUGCUCCAAUUGGGUGUGACCAGUAUUAUUUUGGGAACCGAGGAACAGGAGUUAUUCAAUCCUUCAACUAUGAUCAACCUACAUCAAACCAAGUUUCAAGGCUUGCAGGAAACCUUCGAACCUGUAUCCGGCGUGAGAAGGAGAUGUGUGUUAUUGGAUACACCCCCCCAGAUGUUGAUUCGGAAAUAAACGGUUUCGCUGUAAACGUGAAUCCAGCCGCUCCAGCAAUUAGAGGUAGAAUGGGUUGUGGAUAUACAGCUACUGGUCCGAACAGCCCUGUAGCUACAGCAGGUUUCUGUACUGACAGCUGGGUCAGAAUUCCUCAGGGAACCAACAAUCUGGGGAAUGCACCAUACGUUUUGACAGCUCCACCUGCCUUCAUUGCUUGUGAUAGAUUUUGUGGUAAACGACUUUGUAAUUUGGACGGAGGAUGUAGCAGCUCGGACCAUCUUACAAUCUAUAGCAAAAUCAGACCUUUUGAACUUCAGACGGAAUUCGCUCCAAUAACUUCUGCCCAGCCAAACAGAGGUUAUAAGCUUAAUUACUUCCAACAGCCGUGUAAUUAGAAGGCUUGACACAAGAAAAGAAGAAUCUCAAGAAGUAGUGUUUAUAUAUCAGAUUGUUAAUCUUAGUUAUGUAUUUUGAAAUAAAAUUGGUGAUAGUA